AUGAAGUUUUCCUUGCCGCUUUUGGCCUUCAUUUCUUUGGCUGCCGUUGGACAAUGCGCCCUCCCCACACUGAAAGCAACCAGAGUGCCUGUAGCUCCCGCUGCCGCUGUUUCUAAGCCUAAGGAGAAGUCCGAAGCUUAUGCCAUUACCACUGAUAACAAGGAGAGAGAUGAGGGUGCAACCAAUGCCCACUCGUUUUACAUGGCGGUGUCCAUGAUUGUGGUUUCCGAGAUCGGUGACAAAACGUUUCUCAUUGCUGCUUUGAUGUCGAUGAGAUAUCCCAAGUUGGUGGUGUUCUCUGCUGCCUUUUCUUCGUUGGCCGUGAUGACCGUGUUGCUGGGUCUUGUGGGCCAUGCAUUGCCAGGGCUUGUUUCCGAAAGAAUUACUCACUUUUUGGCUGCUAUUCUUUUCGUUGUUUUCGGUAUCAACUUGCUCAGAGAGGGUCUUUCUAUGUCGAAGGAUGCUGGUGUGGGUGAUGAGAUGGCAGAGGUGGAGGAGGAGCUUCAGGCUAGCACUUUGAACUCGCACUUGGAUGACAUGGAGACCGGUGGUGCUAAGAGCUCGACAUUCAAUUCCUCCGUGGCUGCUUUCGGCUCGCGCGUCAAGGAAAUCGCCUUGAUUGUAUUGUCUCCCGUCUGGAUACAGGUGUUCGUCAUGACCUUCUUGGGUGAAUGGGGAGACCGUUCUCAAAUCGCCACCAUUGCAAUGGCUGCGGGCUCCGACUACUGGACUGUCAUCAUGGGAGCUGUGGUUGGCCACGCGUUGUGCACCGCCGCUGCCACCAUCGGUGGUCAGCUUCUCGCUACCAGAAUCUCCAUGAGAAACGUCACUCUCGGCGGAGCCGCUGCAUUUUUCAUUUUCUCCAUUUUGUAUUUUUACGAUUUCUACGCUUCGGAUGGCCCGGAAACUCAGAGUUAA